AUGACCAGUCCUGAUCAAAUCGCAGCUCAGAUACUGAGUACUAAAUCCCUCUCAGUUGCCCAACCCUGGCUCAAUGCCUUCCUAUCAUCCUCCAGCACAGCACAACGCAAUAUCCCCGCCUCUGCCCUCGCAAAGACUGCUAUAUUCCGUCUUCUCGCCUCUGAUAUCAAAGAAUCACUCUCCAAACACAGAUCAUGCGUACUACCAGUCGACAUCCAUGACCCGAAAGUCCAAGAGCGACGGCUGCAAGGCUCAAUCCCCGUGCAAGUGCUAGACAUCGAAGACAUCGGCACGAGUCUAUGGAGCCAGAUUGAAGCGAUUGAACGUGUUGAGCGUGGCGAGGCGAUCCGCGGCCGUGAGAUUGUGCGCACAAUAGCUGUUGGCGAGGACGCCGAGGCGACGGAGAACAAUCGCGCGAACGGUGCUGCGAGUGCGUCCGGGAACAGUGGGUAUGGGCCGCACCGGCUGAUUCUUCAGGAUGCAGCGGGAACUAUGGCUGUCGGUGUGGAAAUGCAGCGUAUUGAUGGAAUAGCAUUGGAGAAACUUGCUAUUGGGGCGAAGCUCUUGCUCCGUAAUCCGUCUGUUGCCAGGGGUAUGGUGCUGCUUUCUCCGGGGUCUGUUACUUUGCUCGGGGGCAAGAUUGAGGCUUUGGAUAAACCGUGGAGGGAGGGUAGGAAAGCCAGGUUACUAGAGAAGACUGCAGGCAUUGAGAGAGAAUGA